AUGUGGAGCUCCGGGGGCGCUGUGCUCCAGCUCCUCUGCCGGGCCGCCAAGUUCGCGGCUGCCCAGGGAGCCCGGCAGGACCUCAGCCGCUGGCUGCCUCGGGCUGGCGGAGGCGGGGAGCCGGCCGGCGGCGCCCAGGGAGACACGGCUGGGCUCCUGCGCGGGCCGUACCCGGAGCAGAACGGGCUGCAGCACUCGGAGCUGCUGCUGUGCCAGCUGCCCGAGGCGGGUGGCGCGGGGCCCGGGCUGCCCGAGGCCAGGACGUGGCGCUGCUCGUGCUGCCUGCUGGGCACCUGCUGGUGCCGGAGCUGCCUGGGCGUGUGCGUCCUGGCCGCGCUGUGCUUCGCCUCGCUGGCCCUGGUGCGCCAGUACGUGCGGGACCUGCUGCUCUGGGCCGAGAGCCUGGACAGCGUGGCCGGGGUGCUGCUCUUCACCGUGGGCUUCAUCGUGGUCUCCUUCCCCUGCGGCUGGGGCUACAUCGUGCUGAACGUGGCCGCCGGCUACCUGUACGGCUUCGUGCUGGGCAUGGGGCUGAUGGUGCUCGGGGUCCUCAUCGGCACUUUCAUCGCCCACGUGGUCUGCAAGAAGCUGCUGGCCCGCUGGGUGCUAGCGAGGAUCCAGGGCAGCGAGAAGCUCAGCGCCGUUAUCCGCGUAGUAGAGGGAGGAAGCGGCCUCAAAGUGGUGGCCCUGGCCAGGCUCACCCCCAUCCCCUUCGGGCUCCAAAACGCGGUGUUCUCGAUUACAGAUCUAUCGUUACCCAACUAUCUAAUGGCUUCCUCAGUUGGACUGCUUCCUACUCAGCUCCUAAACUCCUACUUAGGCACCACCUUGCGAACUAUGGAAGAUGUCAUUGCAGAACAAAGUGUUAGUGGCUAUUUUAUAUUUACUUUACAGAUUGUUAUAAGCAUCGGUCUCAUGUUUUAUGUUGUUCACCGAGCUCAAGUGGAGUUGAACGCAGCUAUCGUAGCAUGUGAAAUGGAAAUGAAAACUUCCUUUGCUCCAGGCAGCCAACCAAGCAUCACUUCUUCAACAACAUUCUGCAACAAGAGGACACUAGCAUUUUCUGGGGGUGGGAUCAAUAUUGUGUGAUUUAAAGUAUUAAAAAUGUAAGGUUUUGUAAAUGUAAGCUAUUGCCUAGAAAUGUCUAUGGACAACUAUAACCAGUGU